AUGGAAAAUAUUAUUCAACAAAAUCCAAUUUUAUCUCAAUCGAAUCAAGAUUCACGAUUAAAUCGUUCAUUAGAAACAAGUCAAGUUGUUGCGGUUGCUGCAUCUAUUAAUUUAAAAAAUCUUCUUUCUUAUCAAGAUGUUAUGAAUGCAAUUGAACGUGAUUAUCAUUUACAUGAAGGACAAGAACAUCUUAAUAUAGAUGAUAAAGAUUUUUCUGAAGGAUUAAAACAAAUACGUGAAAAACUAAAUUAUGCUCAUCGUGAUGUAUAUUAUCUUCAAGAAAAAAAUCUUAUACUUGAAAAUCAAAAUAAUUUUCUUGAAAAUGAAUUUAAACGACAAUUAGAUAAAAUAGUUGAAGAAAAAAAUGAACAUAUUAAUCGACUUAUACAUAUUAUUGAUCAAACAUAUACACGAUCAACUCAAAUAAAUAAUCAUAUUAAUGAUGAAUAUUAUUCAUCAAAAGCUGAAGAAUUAUCAAAAAAAUUUAUGGAACAAAAUAUUGAAUUACAACAUGAAAUUGAAACAUUUCGUUCUAAACUUGAUUAUAUUGUAACAUAUAUUAAUCAAAAAUUGGAUCAACAAAAAACAACAACAACAACAACAUUAUCAUCUUUAUCUAUACAUCAAUUAGUAUUUGAAACUAUGCAACAAACAGAAAUGAAAUUACUUGAAUUUAAAUUUAAAUUUAUUUCACAACAAGAAGAAAAUGAUCUUUUAAAAUAUUUAAUGGAAAAAUCACAAAAUAUAUCAGAUAUUGAACAAACAAAAUUAUUUUCUAUUAUUCAACAACGUUCACUUGAACGUGAAAUUGAUCUUGUUCGUCAAGAACUUGAAAUUACAGAGAAAAAAACUAUUCAAUUUGAACAAACAUUUGAUAAUUCAGAUGAAGGAAUUAAAUUUCAUAUGGAAAAUCUUAAAUUAAAAUGUGAUGUAUUACAUAAACAUAUUUUAACAUGUAGUCAACGAUUAGAUGAUAUUAAUAAACAAAAUCUUAUGAAAUUAACAAAUGAAAAUCAAAUAUUAAAGUAUAGACACAAACAAAAAAUAUUCGAAUUUUAUUUUUCCUAUGAUUUUUUUUUCAAUAAAAAUAUUGAACUUGAAUUUGAAUUAUUACGUUUACGUGAACGUUAUAAUGAAUUAAUUGAACAUACAAAUACACUUAAAUAUGAAUUAAAUAAUGCACAAAAACAAUUACAUGAAAAAGAAAAAAUUGAGCCAAAUUUAAAUGUUGAUUUGGAAAAAGAACGACGACGUGCAGAUGAAUUUGAAAAUGAUUAUAAAUCUUUAAAAAUAAAAUAUGAUGAUGUAUGUGAACGUAUUCGUAUAGCUACACAUCAAUUAGAACAUGUACAAAUUGUACUUGAAGAAACAUCACGUCGUUGUGAACAAUUAGAAAAAGAAAAGUCCGAAAUUAAUGCUCAAUCUGAAUAUCUUUCACAAAAUGUUCUUAAUGUAACAUCAAAAUAUAAAGAUAAAUUAAAUAUAAUUAAAGUUCGUUUAGAACAAGCAGAACAUAAAAGACAUGAAGUACAACUUCGUAAUGAAAAAUUUCAAAAUGAUAGACAACCGUUUGAUGUAAAAAAUGAUACAAAUAAUGUUGAUAUUUAUUAUACAUUAGAUGGUUCAAAACCAGAUGCAUUUAUAACAUUAGCAACACGACGUUCGACUAUACAAUAUAAAAAAAAACCAUUUUAUAUAUCAAGAGAUAUAGCUAAUAUAGGCAAAGUAACAAUUAAAGCUAUAGCUGUAUCACGUGAUGGAAUUCGAGAAAGUGUUAUAGUAACAAAAAUAUUUGAUAUUAAAAUUAUUCCAUCAGAUCAUUCAUUAUCGGAUGAAUAUGAAAAUCGAUAUAUAUAUGAAUUACAACAAGAACGAAAGAAAUUAAUGAGAAAGAUGCAAAAUGAAAAUGAACAAAUGCAACAAAAAUUAUCUGAAUCAAUGCAUCGUUCAACAGUUGAUUCAUUAGUACAAGAAAAUCCAACUAAUUAUACAUUCAAAUUCUCAAAUACAAACAAAUGUUUUAAGACUAAUAUAUGUACAAAUUGUAAAUCUACUAUUCCAUUUAAUUCUAACACAUGUGUUGUAUGUGAAACACCAAUAUCCAAAGAACCACAACAACGACCAACUGCUCAAAAUCAGGUUUCAAAAAAAUUAAUCAAAUUUUAA